AUGGCAUAUCAAGAAAAGGAAAGCCAAAUCGCUGGUCUAUACGAUUUAAAACAAACCUUAGGGAAAGGGCAUUUUUCAGUUGUUAAAUUGGCCAAACACGCAUUUACCGGCGAAGAAGUAGCGGUGAAAGUCAUCGACAAGACGAAACUGGAUGAUGUAUCCAAAUCUCAUCUUUAUGAAGAAGUUCGCUGUAUGCAAUUGGUACAACACCCCAAUAUUGUACGUUUAUAUCAUGUUAUCGAAACUCAAACCAAACUAUAUUUAGUACUUGAACUAGGCAAAGGCGGAGAUCUAUACGAUUAUUUACUUAAACAUGACAAUGGUUUACCAGAAGAUGAAGCUCGAUAUUAUUUUCGACAGAUUGUUCUCGGUAUCGCUUAUUGCCAUCGUUUACAUGUUGUUCAUCGGGAUUUAAAACCAGAAAAUGUUGUAUUUUUUGAAAAUUUCUCUACUGUCAAGUUAACCGAUUUUGGUUUCUCCAACCGUUUUAUGCCUGGCCAAAUGCUAUCGACAUCAUGCGGUUCCUUAGCAUAUUCUGCCCCAGAAAUUUUACUUGGUGAUGCCUACGAUGCUCCUAAAGUGGAUAUUUGGAGCCUUGGCGUUAUUCUGUAUAUGUUAGCAACUGGUCAACCACCGUUUAUGGAGGCUAAUGAUAGCGAAACGUUAUCCAUGAUCAUGGAUUGUAAAUAUAAUUUACCACCACAACUGUCAUCAUCUUGUAACGAGUAA